ACCACUGACAUAGAAGUCAGUGCUUCAAACUCCAGUAACAGUUGAUAGCCAAAUAUCCACGUUAUAUGGGAUAGCUUCAAGUUGUUUGCAUGACAGGUUGUCCACUUCAGAUGCAGAUUGAGAAGUUUUCAUCCAUCGUAAGAACGCAUUUUCUGGAGGGACCAAGGGGAUUUUGAAUGUAAGCUGCUCGGAAGCUGUCGUGGAUACAUUUCUUGACACCAUUGUGAUGCAUGAGAGCUGAGGUGGUGGCAUGCACUAAGGUAUACUUGUCGCCAAGCGACAAAAACCGUGAAGACGCUGCCAGGAACACUGCAGGAAGUGGACACCAUGGCCCAGGCAGUUCAUCUAAACAUUGAAGGGUCUCAGGCAUCCCAUGACAAAGGAACGGAUGUCCCGUUGCAGCAUGCAGAGACAAACCAGCACACAGAAACCAAAACAGACACCAAAACAGAGACCGAACCAGCAGAACUAGAUGUUCCAUCCUGGCUGCCAGAGUUCUUCCGAGUGGUUCGACGGGACAAAGAUUACAUAUCGGGAGUAGUGCAGACGCAAGAGGACGCAGGGCGUUUGGUUGAGACCCUCUCAAGGGCCACCUCCACAUCCUUUGUUACCUGGUCUGAGCACAAGAAGGAGGCUGGCAAAGUCCGCUUUGUGUGGCAGGUGGAAGACUACGAUGAGGGGACUCCUCUCUGUGUCACCAAGAGGAUGGCCUACACCUGUCAACAUGCCAAAGCAUCACAGACGAAACCAAAGGAGGAACGCCCUGACAUCAAGAGGCGUCGUCGUCGGAAAGGGAAGAAGUGGGACUGCCCUGCCAAACUUUUCAUUCGCUAUGUGACACGAUACGACACGUUUGCUGUGAAAGGUAACGGCCCAAGAAGCCGUAAAGAGGAGGCCAUGAAGAACCUGAAGAAGGCUCUCCUGAGCGACUCCCCUCCACCGACCUCCACCUUCAUCCACCUGAAGAUACCCCUGCUGGGCGCUCACAAUCACACAAACGGCCCUACAAACGGAAACACGCAGGAAGAGCCUCCUUUGUCAAGAACAAGACGGCCUCCUCGAGCGCGAAAGAAAAUGAGAAAAACGGUGGCCCAAGGAAUGGGGGAUGGAGGAGGAGGAGGAGAGGCAGAGGACGUAGGACGAGAGGAGGAGUAUGGAGGAGAGAUGGAGGGGGAGGAUGACAAUGCAGGAGAAGAGAGGAUACACAAUGAAGGAAAAGAGCGAGCGCUGGAAAGGGGACAACUUGGGAUCAAAUCGGCCCAACACAACAUGAGGGAAGCCUUGAGGAAGUUAGCGGAUGCCACGCAUUUGUGUAACGACAGCAAGACUUUACAAAGAAUGACUGUUGCCCUUGACAACAUGCGACGGGCAUUAGAACACCAGAGCCACAAUGGAAAUGGACGGUUGCCAAACACAGCUGCCCCCGACAAGGUUAUGCACAGCUGGAAAGACCUCCGGACGCAGCCAGUUAGCAAGAGCAAGUCAAGAACGCCCAGAAAACGUAAAGGGAGCCAAGACCAUCCCCUGACGCCGAGCCUAAACUCUUCCCCCGUCCUGCGACCAAACUCCUGAGGACAGGACAGGACAGGAUAAUGACUUCAUGGGCCCCGCGGCCAGACAACAAGAACGGCCCCUCUGUAUGGGGUGGUUAUGACUCCAUGGACGCCUGGACCAGACAACAAGAAAGGCCCCCCCUUCAUGGAUGCUGCUCGUUUACAAAAAGAUAUAGGGUUUGAAACUAGGUCAGAGACACUAGGUUGUUGGGGGGUUUGGCGGUGUGUGCCUCGAGGAAAAAAAUGAAAAUACAGUUGUUUGAAGUGUGAUUUUACCACUAUGAGAAUGGGAGUAAAACCUAGCGCUUUGGGCUUCAGGGCCCCCUUGACUCUUGGGCCCCUGGGCCUGGGCCCGGUAGGUCCAUGCAGUACUCUGUUCUUGCCUGAGGAGCAUGUAGGCAGGACACACACCCCAAAUGACUGUUUUUUUAUAAAACAUUUUUAAAUGAUAUAUCACUGACAACAGAAAAUGAAUUCAAUAUCUUGCAAAAGCACAAGAACCAUUGUAAUGUCAUUUUCUCAUUUGCAAUUCUGAUGGUGAAUGAAAAAUCAGUCCCCCAAAAGUUGCUGUGGUCAGGGUGACAGCUGGGAAACUUUAUGGGGCACCUAAGUCACGCCCUCUACUUCCUGGUUCAUGGGGCAGAGGGAGUCAAAUGAUUACUGGCCUUGAAAAUGAGUGAUUUUUGGAUUUGUGGUACAUAGGUGGAGGUCCAAAGUUUGGAUUGGUGUCAAAAAAACACUCAUUUUCAAGCCCAGUAAUUAUUUUUUGACUCCCCCUGCCCCAUGAACCAGGAAGUAGAGGGCGUGACUUCCAUUGUUUUCUCCAGAGGCGGGGCCAGGAGGCGGGACGAGGCCACAAGCCUGGAGGACGGGAGUGUGCAUAUUGGAAAGCACCCGGUGUGAAAGGAGACAAGAAAUGAGGGAGA